CAGGCUUGGUUAUUCCACAAUUGCAGUGCAUGGUCAUGCUGGUUCAUGCAGUGAGGCUCCUGUCUCUCGACGAUUUUCUUCUCGUCCAUCACUUGCUCUCGACUGAGAUUAUCCUUAACCUUUUGUGCUGGACACUUCGCGCAUAUGUCAUCUGUCAAGCCGCCCGCUACGCCAGACGGCAAUCCCGGAAUUGAUGUAGAACAGACCACGAAUCCGGUCUCAGGAGAUGGUUUUCAGACCUCGGAACCAGUAUCGUCAAUACCGACACAAUCCCUCAGCGACAGUACUCCCUCUUCUACACCGAGCUCAACUCCCACAAACGCUGGUGUCAUAGCGGGUGGUGUCAUUAGUGGUGUAGUCCUUCUUGCCCUCAUCAUCGGUGCUUUUAUCCUCGUUCGUCGACGAAAACGCCGUAUGGCUCCAUCCUCUGAGUUCCUCGCUCAAAAUCCUCACUGGAGAGCCGGAACACCAAACUCCUUGUCCGAACUCAACGGGGACAAGCUUCCUCUCACACAAGGAUCAUAUAUCUACCCCCUUGCGCCAGAAAAGCAGCAAAGAGGGAGUGAACUUGCUUAAUUUUUGGAGAUUGGCCAUUCACAUCUGAGACUCUUAACGACCGAUUCUAUGACAUGCAAACCGGACUAUGCACACUUUUGCCACAUAAAAGCCAUUGUAUUUAUUCUUAAGCUAUUGGUAGAUGGGUUCGAUAUGUGUUCAAUGCCAUGACAUGAUGUAGCUC